GGAAACACCAUCCUUGGGGAGGAGAAGUUUGAAUCCAUACUUAAGGCAAAGCCUGUUACUCAGACGUGUAGUGAAGGCAGCAGGACCUGGAAUGGAAGGAAGGUUGUGGUUAUCGACACACCUGCUAUUUUUGACACCAAGGACUCUGAUGAACAAACCACCCGUGAGAUCUGUCGCUGUGUCGCGCUCUCCUCCCCAGGCCCCCACGCUCUGGUGCUGGUGACCCAGCUGGGCCGUUUCACUGAGGAAGACCAGCGCGCCGUGAGGAGAGUACAAGAGAUUUUUUGUCCCAAGGCCAUGAAGUACACAAUCGUCUUAUUCACCCGCAGAGAAGACUUACGGAGUGGAACCCUGGAGGAGUAUAUCUCCCACUCGGAUAACAAACAGCUUCAGGAGCUGAUCGAACAGUGUCAGGGCCGAUACUGCGCUUUCAACAAUAAAGCUACGUGGGAGGAACGGGCUGCCCAGGCUGACAAGCUGAUGACUAAGAUUGCUGAUAUGGUGGAGGAGAAUAAAGACCAACCAGUCUAUACUAAAGAGGUGUCUGAAAAGGCUGAGAAGCUUCAAAAGGAAAAUACAG